GCGUACAGCCUUAAGAUUCGUUUUCUUUGUCUCAAGGACCAGGAAGUGUGAGCUGCUGCUGUAAGUGACUGUGUGUUUCUGUGUGUAAAAUGGCAGAAGCGAAUAUUUCUGUGGCUCAGGACCAGUUCAGUUGUCCAAUUUGUCUGGAUCUCCUCAAGGAUCCAGUAGCAAUCCUGUGUGGCCACAGUUUCUGUAUGCGGUGCAUCAAUGGCUGCUGGGAUCAGGAGGAUCAGAAGGGAGUCUAUAGCUGUCCUCAGUGUCGACAGACCUUCACUCCAAGACCUGCUGUGAGUAAAAACACUGUUCUGGCUGAAGUCAUGGAGACACUGAGGAGGGCAGGACACCAAGGUACACGUUCCACUCAAUGUCCAGCUGGACCUGAGGAUGUGGAGUGCGAUUCCUGCUCUGGGAGAAAAGACAAAGCAGUGAAGUCGUGUCUGGUGUGUCUGGCGUCUUUCUGUGAAACUCACCUCCAGCCUCAUUAUGAAUCUCCUGCCUUUAAGAAGCACAAGCUGGUGGAAGCCUUCAGACAACUCCAGGAGCAGAUCUGCUCUCAGCACGACAAACUGCUGGAGGUUUACUGUCGCACUGACCAGCAGUGUAUCUGUAUCUUGUGUACUAUGGAUGAACAUAAACGACAUGACACAAUAUCAGCUGCAGCAGGAAGAGCUGAGAAACAGAAACCGCUGUUGGAUGUGCAGGCAAAAUGUCAGCAGAAAAUCAAAGCGAGAGGGCAGAAGCUUCAGGAGCUAACAAAGGCUGUGGAGACUCACAAGCAUUCUGCACAAACAGCAGUGCAGGAAACUAGGAAGCACUUUACUGAGCUUAUCAAAUCUAUUGAGAAAAGAUGCAUUGAGGUGAUGACACUGAUCAAAGCCCAGGAGAAAGCUGCAGUGAGUCGAGCUGAAGAAGUUAUUAAAAAACUGGAGAAGGAGAUUGCAGAGCUGAAGAAGAGAAAUGCUGAGAUGGAGGAGCUUUCACACACUGAGGAUCCCAUCUAUUUUCUGCAGAGUUUUAAAUCUCUCGUGACUCCUGGAUCUGCAGAUUUACCCAACAUCACAACUAGUACUUUCUACUCUUUCAAAGAUGUAGAAAAGUCUGUGUCUCAGUUCAAAGAGAAGAUGGAAGCAUGCUUUAAAGAAGAGCAUGAGAAGAUAUCAAGUGAGGUUAAGAAUGUUGUGAUCAUAGAACCCCAAAGAGAGGAAUUUCUUCCAUAUUUCUGCCGGUUCACACUGGAUCCCAACACGGCACAUCAACGUAUCCAACUUUCUGAUUUUAACAGAAUGGCGACUGACAGAGACAUCCCACAGAAACGGUCACAUAAUAGAAAUUUUUAUGGUGAAACAAUGCAAACAGAAAGCUAUGAACAUCCAGAGAGUUUUAACCAUUACUCCCAGGUGUUGUGUAAAGAGAGUGUGUGUGAGAGAGCUUACUGGGAAGUGAAUUUCAGUAAUGGGGUUUCUAUAGCAGUCUCAUAUAAAGACAUCAGUAGGAAGGGAAGCAAUAAUGAAUGUGCAUUGGGACGCAACAAGAAUUCCUGGAGUUUGAUUUGCUGCUCUUCCAGUUACUCAUUCUUGCACAACAACCAGGAAACCAGACUCCCCAUUAACCACAGUUCCUCAAAAAUUGGAGUGUUUCUAGAUUAUAAAUCAGGAUCUCUGUCUUUCUACAGUGUCUCCAACACGAUGACACUCCUUCACGGAGUUCAUACCACAUUUACUCAACCUCUCUACCCUGGGUUUGGGCUAAAUAACAAUUCCACAGUAAAACUGUGCCAUCAAAUAUAGAUCAUUUUAGAUGAUUAUCCCUGUAUGGUAAACAUUACAAUGAUACAGAAAGUCAAGCCGUGCUAAUAGUAUUCAUAAUUACAGAAAAUCUGAAAAAUGUUUUUGGUGAUAAAACUGUCUAUAUUUGAGCAUCCAGGAUGGUGUAUACCAGUAAUCUGUGUCUAAUUCAUGAAUUUGUUCUAUUUCAAAUAAUGAAUCAAAAUAAUGAAUAAAAUAAUUUUAAUUCAGUAUGCUACAUACAUACAAAAUCUACUUAAAUUCAUCCCUAUGCAAUUUACAAAAAUGUAUUCUAAUUACUGCUACAGUAAAAAGUAAAAAGGUUUACGUAUUCAGGAGGUUACAUUCAUCUGAGAUCAAAAGAAAGUUAACUAAGAUGAAAAAGUGAUUUGAGUGGGAUUGAGUAGGGGUUUUUUUGUCUGUUUUUAUCUCUACUUUCAAACUCAUGGCUCAGAGCAGCAGUAAGGAUUGUAAUUUAUUAAAAAUUAAGGGCUGAUUAGGUUAAUAAAGAACCAUGAUACUGUUCAAAUUGCUUUUUCUAUAUUGUAAUACGAUAUCUACAAUAUUUUAUGUCUGUUAUUAUUGUUACCUUUACACUUAAAUAAUCACUAACACUUUUUACUUUUGCUGUAGUUAUUAGUGAUUUGGGUUUUAAAUAUUUAACUGCAAUUUGAUUUUUUUUUUUUUCUGUAUUACAUUUACUUAUUGUACUUACUGUACACCACUGGCUGUUUUUGCCAAAUUAUGUACUCACAGAUCCUCUGUUUUUAAUCAAGUAAUGAGUAAUACCCAGGUGUUGUUUUAGGUGUACUUUCACUUUCUUUGUAUCUUCAACCUAAUAUAAAUCAAUAUAUACCAGGAUUUUGUUCUAUAAUGUACUUGCAUCUUACUUGCUAUAUACGUUUACUAUAACCAAUAAACUUUACUGUAA